CGUUCUUCACUAGGAUGUCAGUUUGUUGUUGUAGUUCAAAGUGUUUACAUCGUGAACAUCAAAGAUGAAUACGAAAGAAAAAGAGAAGUACAUCGAAGAAUUUGAUUUUCCCCAUUGCGACGAAUCUUCAAAAUAUGAAAAAGUUGCGAAAAUUGGGCAGGGCACCUUCGGGGAGGUGUUUAAAGCUAGGGAUAAAACUUGUACUAAAAAGUUCGUAGCUAUGAAAAAAGUGUUAAUGGACAAUGAAAAAGAAGGGUUUCCUAUAACUGCCUUAAGAGAGAUCAGGAUAUUACAGUUAUUAAAACAUGAAAAUGUAGUGAAUUUAAUAGAAAUAUGUAGGACAAGAGCAACUCAAUAUAAUCGUUAUCGUUCGACAUUCUAUCUUGUAUUUGACUUUUGCGAACAUGACUUGGCUGGAUUAUUGUCAAACGUGAAUGUCAAAUUUAGUUUAGGAGAAAUUAAAAAAGUUAUGCAACAGUUGUUAAAUGGUCUUUAUUAUAUUCAUAGUAAUAAGAUUUUACAUAGAGAUAUGAAGGCUGCAAAUGUUUUAAUUACCAAAAAUGGUAUAUUGAAAUUAGCUGACUUUGGUUUAGCUCGUGCAUUUAGUGCAAAUAAAAAUGGUCAACCAAACCGUUAUACAAACAGAGUUGUUACUCUUUGGUAUAGACCACCUGAACUUUUGCUUGGUGAUAGAAACUACGGUCCCCCUGUAGAUUUAUGGGGUGCAGGGUGCAUUAUGGCUGAAAUGUGGACUAGGUCACCUAUAAUGCAAGGAAAUACAGAGCAACAACAGCUCAUAUUAAUUUCACAGUUGUGUGGUUCUAUUACAACAGAAGUAUGGCCUGGAGUAGAAAAUUUAGAAUUAUUUAAUAAAAUGGACUUACCCAAAGGCCAAAAACGGAAGGUUAAGGACAGAUUAAAACCAUAUUUAAAGGAUCCUUAUGCCUGUGACCUGUUGGAUAGACUUUUAAUACUUGAUCCAUCUAAAAGAUUCGAUUCCGAUUCUGCGUUGAAUCAUGACUUUUUCUGGACCGAUCCGAUGCCUUGUGAUCUCAGCAAAAUGUUAGCGCAACAUACGCAGAGCAUGUUCGAGUACCUAGCACCACCAAGACGUCCUGGUCACAUACGUCAUCCUCAUCAUCAAGUACCUGGUGGGCCAGCUAAACCUAGUUCUAGUAUGGCCGAUAGUGGUUACCAAGAUCGCGUAUUCUAGGAUAUAUUUUGUUCAUAUAAGCAUAGACUGCUGUUUACCGUUCAUAUUUUCUCAUCUUUCAGAAUUUUUUAAACCGCAUGAUAUCUGACUUUGAACUACAUCGAUAAUUAUAAGAUUUUAAGUUAAAAUUGGGACUUUAAUUUAUGCAAACUAUUGGAAUAAGAUGUAAGAUUUUCUUAUAUUUAUAUACACACACAUAUAUAUGUAUAUAUACAUAUUUAUAUAUAUAUAUUUUAUAUAUACAUAUAUACAUAUAUAUAAAUUUUGUACAAAUGGAAAUAGUCUUCUGACUUAAGCGUUAUAUUUUCAGAACUGACAGAUUUUCUUCCGUUCAAUUAUUUAUGUAUUAUAUUUUAAUCAAUUCGUGAUAUUUAUGAAGGGAAAGGCGAAAUUUUGUACAUAUUCCUUAUUUUAAUUUCACAAAUGUGGUCCAUAAGUGAGAAGUGGAGUAAGACUUAAUUCUUUUGACAAUUAAGGGAUUCAAAUGUUAUUGUAUAUUGGAAGCUUUUAAUAGUCUUAUUUAAAUUUCACAUAAGUACAAUACAAAACAACACAAAGUAGUAAUUACUGCCAGUAAAUUGUAGAU